CUGUCAAGGCAGGCAAUAUGAACGUUUAAAUAACUAUGCCAAACUGUGACAAGUUCGGGAAAGUGUCUUAGCCGGACAGUUUGUGUAGAAAUGGACUGACGAGUUAUUUUUCAACGAACUGUCGUGCAUUCAAAUUCAAGUAACUUCCCGUGCCAUUGCUACGCUAGCUAGCUAGCUAACUAACUUGCAUCGAGCGAUGCCUCUCGUCGGUGCAAACCAACCACAAGUGAUUCGUUCAAGUCAGAAGGAUGAAUAUUACCAACAGUGUCUCAGGAACAACGCGAAUGAAGCUUUCCAGACUCUUGCAGGGUCCAAGAGAUGGCUGCACUGGAGGAAAGAGAUCCAACUGCUGUCAGACCUUGCAUACUAUGGUUUAACCACAUUCUCAGGGUACCAGACGUUGGGCGAGGAGUAUGUCAGUAUCAUCCAGGUGGACCCCACCCUGCGCAGGGUACCGUCGCGCGUCAGACGAGGAGCCCUGGUGCUCCUCCACAGCCUGUUUCCUUACCUGCUGGACAAGCUGCUGGUGUGCCUGGAGAAUGAACUGGAGGCGGGAGAGGAGAGCCAGGGAGGGGGAAUCCAGAGAGCAACAGUGGCCAGUCCUUGGAGCCCCGGAGCCUGGAUGAGAGGCUGGGUCCGGAGGGUGCUGGGGCUGCUGACGGAGCCCCAGAGGAGGGCGUGUGUGCCGGCCGUGUUGGCCCUCCAGCAGGGACUCUCCAUCCUCCACCGGGUGCAUGUGGCCCUGUUUUACAUCAGCGGGGCCUUCUACCACCUGGGGAAGAGGACGGCCGGAGUAAGCUAUCUACGGGUACGUGGUGUGACGGGGGACGAAGGGGACAUCCAGAGCAGCUACAGGCUCCUGGGCGUGAUCUCCCUGAUGCAGCUGGCCCUCACGCUAGCCUUGCAAUUCAACAACCUCAGGCAGAGACAGAGAGCCCGGCAGGAGUGGAGACAACACAGGAACCUGCCCUCCAGGUCCCAAUCUGUAGACGAGACUGACUCUCCCCGUGCCUCUCGCUGUAUCCUGUGUCUAGAGGAGAGGAGACACUCGACCUCCACCCCAUGUGGUCAUCUGUUCUGCUGGGAGUGCAUCACAGAGUGGUGCAACACCAAGACGGAGUGCCCUUUGUGUCGUGAGAAGUUCCAGCCUCCUCGACUAGUCUACCUGAGGAACUACUAGCCGAAGAGCCAGAAUCUCUGACGUGGUUGUUUUUAUUAUAUGGCUCACUUCCUAAAUGACUGGAUCGCCACAUUGGACUGUUGAAUCGUUAAAACACAGCUGUUGCUCUUUAUCAGAGUUUUGCUAUCCCUUGUUGAGGUCCCAUCUGAAUAGCAUCUCACUUAGAGAAUGGCUUGAGAUCUUAUUUUGGGGCGUUGAUUCAGAUAUUGCCGUGUCGAUAUGUCCAGUAUGAAAGAAUGUGUGCAUGAAGCAUUUCAUUGUUUUUGUAGAUGAAAAAACCUUUCAGAAUACAGAAUAUUAUUGUAAAGAUCUGUACAACACUGUCCUCAGGGCUACACACUGGGAUAAUUUCUAGGUAUUGGGUAUAUAUUUUGUUUUUUAAUUUCUUUGAUAAUGUAGUGUUUCUACAUUUUAUGAGAAUGCAUAAUACAGUGCACUAUAUUGAGCAAUCAUACAUGUUUCAAUGGUUUGCAUAUGAAUCAUGUUGGAUUGUAUCAGUCUGUAACUGAUCUAAAUGUGUCAUUUUAAAACAAGGAUUAAUCAACUAUGUUAACAGUAAUUAUUUAUGUCUCUUGAUAAGGUGACUAGUAUAUUGUUUACAUGGAUCAGUAAUUACAUUUACAUUUAUCCAGAGCGACUUACAGUAGUGAAUACAUUUGAUGCAUUUUUUUUUGUGUGUGUAGUUGGCACAAAAGCAGGAUCAAUGAGUUAGCCUACCAACUUUGAUAAACAACCAGAAAUAAAUAUUGAUUUUUCUGGUUCAUUAGAAAGUUAAACUUACACUGUAAACCCCACUGUGCUGUCAUUAAAUCAAAUUGUAUUUUUCACAUGCUUAGUUGAUAACAGGUGGAGACUAACAGGGAAAUGCUUACUUGUGGGUCUAAUUACACACAAUACCCCAUAUUGACAAAGCGAAAAGUUUUUUUUAUAAAUUUUUGCAGUUGUAUUAAACAAAUUCCUUAUUUA